UGUCUGGAUGCUUCUCAUCACUCUCUGCUCUGGUUCGCCUUCACACCUGCAGCCGGGGAGGACGACACGAAGCCAGACAGGUGUGCGUGACUGCAUGUCUGAAGAUGGAUGCACAGAGAGGAUGGAGGAACAUAUCGUGACAACCUUGGACCUAACUCUCUCCAUCGCUUGCCAAGAGACUGGAGUCUCUGUCACAUGAUUGCAACACCUCCUCAUCUUCUGCAGGAGGGCAUGCAGUGCCAGCGUGAGUGACAGGCAGCGUAAGCCAAUGAGCCUCACACCGAACCCAGCUCUCGUCCCAGACCGGGACAACCUCCCACUCAAAAAGAGGGACCAAAGACCGAGCUCACCACCACCACCACCACAGCACCAGCAGCAGCAGCAGCAACAGCAGCAGCAGGGUGAUGCUGUGACGUUCAAGGCGCCCUACCCUUACAAGAGCCAUAGCGAGUUUAAGACAAAACACACAGGUCCUUUCCAGCCCGUACCCAAACGGGUUCCUGCACUGUACCAGCCCUGGACUCACACAUCCAGCAGGUCCAAACCUCAGGUCGUCUCUGCGUUCAGGGAGCAUCAUGGCUGGGCAGAGUGGAGAGAGUUCAACCCCCUGCACCCUGGAUGGGACUUUUCUCACCACUAUCAGCACCAUGGCCACCUGUCUGGAACACCUGCGCUCCACCCAGGACACCCGCACCACCCUUCCAGAUUCAGCACCGUCUCCCUGGUCAAUGAGGGUUUCCAAAGGGUGGGUGGAGGCUACGGCUGGGAGCAGCUCAAGACAUUAAGGGACAGAAGUUUGAUCACAGAGAGGCAGAGCAAUUGCAGGAAUAAAGGACCAUAUGUGAGGAGAAGGGACAGAAAGGUUGAGUAUUAUCCCAGGGUUGAAAAAGCAAGUCCUCCAUCGUUGAGCAAAUGCCUACCUCACUCUCCACAUGUGGACGUUACACUGCAACAUGAUGUGUUGCAUAAAUCAACCAAGGCUGUCAAACAUCCUGCUUCUGGACAUUCCUUCAUAAGAGUUUCCCCUGAUGCUAACGUAAACAACACAUGCACCUCCAUGAGGGAGGACACAUCAAAAUCCUCCACCCUCACUCCUUCCUCCUCUUCCUCCCCCAACCAUUUCCCCUGGCUGCUCCCGCACUUCGUGGCAGGUUCUCUGAUCGAGCUCAGAGACGGGCGGCUGAGGAGGGUGGAGCACCUGCAGACGGAGGACUUCCUGCUGGGAUCACUGGCCUGUCCGGACCUGCGCCUCAGCUGCUGCACGGUGCAGAGCAUCUCUCCCUCAGCAGCCUCCUCCUCCAUCUCACGUCUCCUCAUCCUGCUCCACGACCAGCAGACACAGGAAUUGGUGGAUGUCUAUGUGGAGUACCCGUUCUUUGUGCGUGGGCAGGGCUGGUCCUCCUGCAGCCCUCAGAGGACUGCCCGUCUCUGUGGACUCCAGUGCCGCCAGCUCAGUGUGGGGGACGUCUGCCUGGCUCUCACCCCUGUCACAGCCCCCCUGCCGCCGCCGUCAGCCACCGCGGAGCCAAAAACUUCCCCCAGGAAGUCAGGAGGAGGGUGUGAGUCCCUAAAGGCAGAACAGCCCCAGGCUCCCCCAGGGCCAGAAAGACCGGACGGGGGGCAGAAGAAGGAGAAAGAGGUGGCCCGGAGGAGACACUACUCAGCCCCGGAGCUGAGAGGUCCAGGGACUAACUGCAUGUAGUGGGGAGGGUCGGGAAGCAAGUCAAGUCUCUUUUAAGCUCUGCUAUAUUCAGCCUAUACUGUCUUUCUACCUCCUGAAUCAUAUUUCUGUGUUUGACAUUUUUAAUUGUUUCCAAGGAGUAAAAGCUAAAGAACGACUCUCAGGAGCCCUUAGAGGUAAACCUGCAUUAGCGUAUAUGUUGAGGUAAGUCAGGGAUCAAACAGCGACUCGAAUUAAACCUUACAUUUUUCUGUGAGCCUGAUCAGAAUCUAUCAUGACGCAGACUCCUGAUCUUAUUCAUGUGGGAGAGGUGCACACCAGGGGGCUGAUAAGGAAGGUCUUUUAGGUUCAAAGAAUACUCUCGGUUUGGGUUUGAACAGUUUGAGCCUUCGUAUUAUUUUUAGCAUUCCUUGACAAAAUCGGCCCACGUUCCCCGAGAAGCACAGAAAAAUACACCCUCAGGUUUUUUUCACCGCUCAUCAUAUCGUUUAUCUCUCUUCCUCCUAAUAUUAGGUAAGACAUUCUUUAUGACGAAGAACGAUAGAUUUCAUUGACAGUAACUUUACUGGUGAAACGGUCGUGCGUUUGAGCAUAAAUUUUCACACUGACAAUCAACACCACUUUUUUUCUCGGUAGGAUAUGUUUUACGCUUCUACCUCUAUUUUCUAUUUAAGGCGACAGAUGCAUAUAAUCUGUGUCUUUUAACAGCGUGGGCUGUGUUGUAAUAUGCUAUGUUGGAAGCUCCCGGCUUUCUCUCGGUGAAUGUCAGCGUGAAUGCCCGUAUCUGCGUGGUUGUUCCGGUAUAUAACCGCUCUGCUUUUGUACUGACGCUCCCUUUUUAAAUGUCUGUCCCUUUUGUUAAGCGUUGAGAUGCUUGUGCUGUUUCAGAGUGCAGUAAAAGCGCAGUCCGUGCACAGCGCCACACGCCUGCACUGCGAUGUGAUUUCCACAGUUCUCACUGGGACAGAGUCAGCUAUCACAGCCGGGGCAGAGAAGGUGCUGUACGAACAGACUGGGUUCUUUCUCACUGUUGAAUAAAUGUCAUGUGAAAACGUU